AUGAAGGUUGGAGCAGCCACCCUCGUGGCCGGGAUCUUCGGCGGCACCGGCGUCCUCCUCUUCCUCAUCGCCUUCGGGACCGAUUACUGGCUCCUAGCUACAGAGACCUGUGGGGUCUUUGAGCCUGAGAACAGCACUCUGCAAACAGGGCAGGCUGAAACACUGACAGAGGUCAGGAGGGAGAUCCUCACUUUCCACCAUGAGGGUUUCUUCUGGAGGUGCUGGUUCUUCGGCGAGGGCCACCCGGAGAGCAUCUGGACCUUCUGGUACACCAGCCAAGCCCACCCCAAGUUCUGCAUGCAUGGCUACCUCUUUCCCAUGCCCAUCGCCCUUGGACCUUUCCCCCAUCCUUCCUAUGACACGACUGCAGUGUACAGAGGCUUCUGGACGGCGUUCAUCCUGCUGGCUGUCUCUGCUGGGCUGGUGGGGGGGCUGCUGCUGGUCUGUGGGGUGCCCUUCGUCAGCCCUCGCUCCUACCAAGCCGGGGGUGGAUUCCUCCUCGCCUCGG